AUGGUCCAAACACUAGUUUUCGUCUUCACAACAUCACUCCUUUUAAAAUAUUCCGACGCUUACCGAGUGGAGACGGAAGAAUGUAAAAAAUUCUUGAAUUAUUCUACUCCAACAUCUUCUGAAUACAUUAACGCACAAUGGAACUUUGCUCGUUCGGCUAGUCUAACCGAACCGGAUUGGCUAAAGUCAUUGCCAACGGAUGAUGAGGUUGAAGAGUUGGAAAAAGUAAAAUACGAUGUUUAUAACGAAUAAAUAAAAGGUAGUUUAUAGGUAAUGUAUAUGCUCAAGAUAGCUUUGAAGACUUUCAUGUGGACGAAGAGUUGGAGAAGUAUAGCACAUUAAGAUUUUUGAAAGGAACAGUGGUUCAAGUAAGUUUGUUGGUAAGAUACACUAAGUAGUAUAGAGUACGGUAUACUAUAAUAGGGUAGGGUAGUGUAUGGUAGAGUAGGAUAGAGUAAGUUAGGUUAGAGUUGAAUAAGAUAAAGUAAGGCAGGAUUUUGUAGAAUAGAAUAGAGUAGGUUUGGUUAGAGUAGUUCAGAAUAGAGAAACACUACAGCUGAUGACUCAUGUGCAAUACUAUAAUUCCAAAUCACUUUCAGCACAAUCAAGUCCUAAUCAUCACAGAAAAAUUUAAGCCAAAGCCAUCCGAAAAUCGUUUUUUUGGCUUCCUAGCUAUAAGAGCAAACGAUUUCGUAGACAAUUGGAUUCAUCAUUCUUCACCUCAUUUUGAAACAGAUGGAGCUGUAAGUGUACAAGCGGCAGUACUAUUUGAUAGUACUCUUGCUAAGACCCUGGUGGUCAGCGGGGUUGCUAGAGAUGCUGUUAGAGGGUGAGUGUUAUUAGAUUUUUCAGCAAAAAUUUUUAAUCAUUCAAAAUUCUUUAGUACUGAACUGUAGUACUAAAUUGGUACUAAGAUUGAUUUAGUACAAAGAUAGUACUGACUUAGUUUUAAGUACAUAUUGAUUUGGUACUAAGCUGUAUAUCGCUAGUACUAAGUUAGUGCGGAGAUAUUGCUGAGUUAGUACUAAAUUAGUACUAGUGCUGUUAAUACUGACUUAGUACUAGUACUGAAGAAUACCACUUUCAGUAAAACCAACUCAACAUGCCAGCCCGGAAACCAUGUAGCUGAUGCAGCUCAUAACACUAACAACUUCUUCCACAAAAUCCUAGUGGCAAUUUGGAAGGUAUGUCAUCACAAAAGGGAUCAAUUCAUUCAGUGGCAUGGAAUGGCCGAGAAUAAGUAAGCCGACAUACACUGUAAAAUUAUUGUACAUAGGCUUUCCUAAUGUAAAAAUUUAAGUUUGGCCGUUUCGGCUUGAAAGUUCGAAAACUUUUAAAUUUAAGUUUCGGCUAUGGGUACUCAAGUUUUAAAAAUCAUAUUAAUUUCAGUUGUCGAAAAUCAAACGCAUUUUUAAGCGUUGGAGCUAACAAAGAUCAUAAGAUUUAUAAACAUAAAAAGGCUUUUGUUGUAAAAGUAAGUGACAUUCUUUAGUAAUAUUUCAGUAUAAAACUAAAUCAGUACAUACUCAACAGAGCUCAGUACUAUCUCAGCACUUACUCAGUAUUCACUCGGUACUAGCUUAGUACCAACUCAAUAUUAUACCAGUACUAAGUCAGUAUCACCUUUGGAAUAAGGCAGUACCAAAGCAUUUUAUAAUUAAAUUUUUUUAGCUAGAAAAAGCUCUUGACAUAGCUUCUACCAACAACUCAUUUGCUCAAACCCCGCGUACUGACAAUGCUUGUAAAUUAGUUGCGGCAACAAAUGUGUUUGGUCGAAUAGUCAAUGGUGUUAAAAUUGGCAAAGAAUGCCAUCAAAAGGCUGUUGAUACUGUAAGUUAUUUUGUAAAACGACUAAUAAUGCCGUGAAUUCAUUACAAUAGUUAGAAACACACCACGUAUUUUACAACAAAAGCUUAUUUUUUAUUAAUAGUACGAUACUUAUUAAAAAAGCAGUCAAAAUUUGAACUCUUACUGAUAAAAACAUGAAUAUUAUAACAUUUCAGGAUAUUACUGGUCAAUUUUUGCAUAUAGAGCAAAAAAUUGUCUCUCGUUGUAACUUGACCUUAUGGCAAGGUGGACUUGAUGACGUUUUAAACAGGUGA